CACAAGUAAGGUAAACCGAAAGGAUUAAAUCCGGAAGUACUGAUUGAAUGUUCAAAGGGAAAGCAAAAUGAGUGGAGAAAACAAUGUCUUCGGAGAACGGGAUGAUUUGAGCAGAACGCUUCUUCAUUUAGCCGCAGAAAAGAACGAGGUUGACAAAAUUGAGGAAUUACUCUGUAGUGGAUGUACUGAUGAUGUUAAUGCCCAAGACGCCCGAGGUCGGACACCUUUACACUCCCUGUUUGAUGGGGAUGUCAUUGAAGACAUGGGCAAGCUGAAGAAGGCAAUGUCAGUUCUCUUAGAAUACGGUGCCAGCGUGAAUGCCAAGGAUAAAUUUCAAGAUACGCCACUUCAUGUUGUGUUUUAUAGCUACUACGAUCUCAUACCAGAGAUCAUCAGGUUUUUAUUGAAGAAAACAAAAGAAAAAUUUGAUAUGAAGUCUCAGAAUAACGUUGGGUACACAGUUUUCUACAAAUGCAUGUGUGGAUUUCCUGACAGUCUCAGAGAAAAGGACAUCUACCAAAAUAUAAUCCAGCAGAUGGAGUCAUUAAUCAACGACUUCGUGAAUGAAAAAAUAUGCCAACCUUGUCCAGUUCAAGAUCUGCUGAAUAUGAAAGAUAAAUUCGGCUUCACAGCUUUUUAUAUAUAUACCAUGAAUGUUGAUAAUAAUAUUGAAACAAUCAAAAGAAUGAUUCAGUUAGGCGCAGAUGUCAACACAAGGUCAAAUAUAGGGGUCACACCACUGAUGGAUGUUGUUUUGAACAGAGUGACCCCAAUAGUCGAGGUUCUGCUUCAGUCAGGUGCAGACGUCAACAACAAAGACAUAUUUGGUCAAACAGCUCUUUUCAGGGUGCUCACCAAAGAUUGCUUCGACUUGCUGCAGCAAUAUGGAGCAGAUUUUACGAUCCUAGACAAAUAUGGGCGAUCGCCAAUAACAGACGUGUUUAUGUACACACCCGAGGAUACCCCAAGAAGCGGCUUAGUAAUAUCAGACGUAGCAACAAACCAGCAGCCUCUGUUCGAGUUGUUUUUAAAGAAUGGCGUUAGUGUACACGACAUAGACAUGUUUGGUUCCUCUCUUCUUCAUUAUGCAGCAUGGUAUGGUGCCCCCAUAAUGGCAAUGGCUCUCAUUGAACAUGGUUUGCCACUAACUACAUUUGAUAAUCAAGGCGUCUCUCCAACCGAAUUGGCUCUCAGAGUCGGAAAUUAUGACCUUGUCAAUAUGCUGUCUGGUAAAACAGACGAAGUUGAUAUCGAGGACCCUGUCAGAAGACAUUAUGUGAACUUGUUGAUAUACCACGAAGAUGUUGCAAAUAUUGAUCAAGUUUUGCACGAACAUGCGAGUUUUCAAGAAAAUCCUCGUGAACUGCUUCAAAACUUGAUCAAUUCGCCCAGACUUGGUCUUGCUUAUCGAGAAUUCGAGGCACGAGAACUUAAAGACGAAAUUUUAAAACUGAUGAACAAAAUUGCCGAAUCGAUAAGUAACAUCGACCCUAUGUUUAGAUGUACAGUUUUCCCCACCGGCAGUUCAGAAGAUGGAAGUAAAAUUGGAGAGGCUGAUGAAUUUGACUUUACAUUUUGUCUGGAUUUCUUCUCAGAAGAAUGCAUGCCUCACCAAGAGGAUGAUACACUAAACAGUGGCUUUGCAACCUUGAAGGUAAAAUCAUUCCACAAAUCGCACCCUCUUGCAAAGUAUACAACAGAUGGGUAUAUCAUUGAAUCGUAUCUUGUGCGAGACACGUUUCAAGAUCUUUUUACAAAAGCUGUCAAUACACCGGAAGUAUGGAACCAGAAUUGUUUUUAUUUUGACGGACUUUUAAAAUUUCCUAUGGAUAAACCGAUCCUCAAUAUGGAAGUACAUUGGUGUGGACGAAUAAUGAAAAGCAUUGAUAUCGGUAUCGAUGUGGUUCCUGCUGUACGAACAUGGACCUGGAUACCAAAAGAAUUGGAAACCAUUGACCGAAAGCUACCUUCGCCUCAACUGUCCUCAGAGGAUGAAUGUUUCCUCUUGUUUCAACCGCCAGAGGAACGCGACAAACAAAAGAGAAGAUAUCUGAGAAUAUCAAGGUUCCGCAGCGAGUUGAAGUUUCUGAAAAAUCUUCCUGUGACCUUCCUUGAGAGUUAUGCUGCUGCUAAGGUACUGAUAAGUGAUCGAUUUUGUCCACGGUUAUUAUUUUCUGAAGAUUUAAAUAUAAAGGAAUUAUUUUGUACACAAACCUCAGGAAUAAAUAGUUCGACCGAAGAUAUGAAUGAAGAAAUGAUGUCUGAAGGGGAUGAUACCAAUGAGGAACACGGGUUUGAUGCACAACUUUUACAGCGGGGAACUGUGGAAUCCCAGAGCGAUGAGCAGUCAGUAAAUUCAGAUUCAGGUGAUGCUGAAACGUGUUCAGAUAUCAUUGAAGGGACAAUAUUGUUGAAACAUGGUGCCGUGUGCGACCUUUCCUCCUGUAUUAUCGAGGUUGACCAGAGUUUGCGAGCCAACAGGUUAUUUGUACCAAAGGAUAUUUUGAAAUUAAAUGUUUCAAAUCUUUCGUUUUAUCUAAAAAACGGUGCGUUGCAAGCUAGAAAAUGCGUAGUGGCCAGAUCAAUCGAAAAGGAUGGCAGCAAAUGGUUUCAAUUUGGACCAUCGUCAAAUGUUCCUAAAAAGGAAACUAUAGACGCAGUUAUAAUGGAUAGCUUAUCUAGAGAAGAAAAUCAAAAUCUCACAAUCGCCGAAUGGCUGACUCUUACUUUUCCAUCCGUCAGGCAAUCUGUCGAGGAUGACAUGGAAGAAAAUACCGAGAUGGAGGAAAGCAAUGACAUGGACCAAAAUUUUAUGGAAGACGGCAGAGAGGAAAACACAAAUCAAAAUGCUUCAUCUGACGAUAGAAUCGGUUCGAACACCGCCCCCAGAAGUGACACGGACAUUUUAGAUCAAUCCUGGGAGGGCGGGGAGAUUGUGGAUGGAUACGAUACCAUCUCCAGUUACAUGCUGAAAAACUGUCUUUUUUAUGUUGCGGAUGAUCUUAAAGAUGUUUCAGAUAUUAAUCAAUUAGAUUUAACAAUCAAACUUUUUGAAAAACUAGGCCAAUGUGCAGAAGCAGAAAGACUUAAUUCUUUUUUCCUACCCUACUUAGAUGUUUUCACCUUCGCAAAUGAGCAUAUUAAAAUGAUACCCGACGACGAAAUCAUAGAAAGCACUAAAAUUCAAUGCAAUCGAAUAAAGCUAUUUAGUGAAGUUAUUCUCGGAAUUUUGAGAUAGAAAAUCUUUUUUUGCUAAAUCAAUUUCGCUGUGAAUUUAUACAUCCAUAUUUAAUUUUAAUUGAUUAAAAUAACUAUAGUGUAUAUUACAAAGAUAUUUACAGUAGUGGAGGAAAAACUUCAAGGGUACUGUUCAACAAUAUAUUCGAGAAGUAGUGUAAAUCAAGAUGUGGAUACUAAAACAUUCCAAGGAACUUUUGGAACAUUUGAAAUCACAAAUUUUAAUUAUACCAAAUCAACAACAUAAAAACUUACUUCUCAACUUUAUAUACAACUAUUCCUCUCGAUAAAUUAAAGUCCAAGUUUUCUGGCACCAUUUACAGCUGCUUUUCAAUAAAAA